GCGUGACUCCGGACAUGCGCAGUGCUGCGUCCGUCACUGUGGGCGGAUGAAGCAGAGGCAGGAGAGAGCGAGAGAGAGCGAGAGUUGUGCAUUUAGCUUUGAAAUUCCAGUCUAGUCGUUGAAUAGUCGUGGACCUCGAACGGAGAUAGUGUGUACUGUGAAAUGCCGUUUUGUUAGCAGCUAGCAUUAGCGGCGCCUGUUUGGCACUUGAACAUCACCACCGGGAAUGUGGGUAUCCGCCGCCAGUUCAUUUCACGGCGUGUGAUGGAAUUGGGACCAAACCGUUGAGACAGGCGAGUCCGGGGCUUAUAAAAGCUAAAACGUUCACACACACAGGAUACGGGACAGUAUUCAAAAUCCUGAGGAUGCCGGAUCAAAUAUCGGUGUCCGAGUUUCUCUCGGAGACGACGGAGGACUACAACUCCCCCACGACGUCCAGCUUCACGACCCGCCUCCAGAGCUGCAGGAACACCGUCAGUGUUUUAGAGGAGGCCUUGGAUCAGGACAGGACUUCACUGCAGAAAGUUAAGAAGUCUGUCAAAGCCAUCUACAGUUCUGGCCAAGAACACCUUCAAAAUGAGGAGAUGUAUGCUCAGGCACUGGACAAGUUUGGCGGUAACUUCAUCAGCCGAGACAACCCUGACCUGGGAACGGCCUUUGUUAAGUUCUCCACUCUGACAAAGGAGCUCUCAUCCCUGCUCAAAAACCUGCUCCAGAACCUGAAUCAUAAUGUGAUCUUCACACUGGACUCUCUGCUGAAAGGAGACCUGAAAGGCGUAAAGGGGGACCUGAAAAAACCAUUUGACAAAGCCUGGAAGGACUAUGAAACAAAGUUUACAAAGAUAGAAAAGGAAAAACGAGAGCACGCCAAGCAACAUGGCAUGAUCCGAACAGAGAUCACGGGUGCCGAGAUUGCAGAGGAAAUGGAGAAAGAGAGACGCCUUUUUCAGCUUCAGAUGUGUGAGUACCUGAUCAAGGUGAAUGAGAUUAAGACCAAAAAAGGUGUUGACCUUCUCCAGAACCUGAUCAAGUAUUACCAUGCACAGUGCAAUUUCUUCCAGGAUGGCUUGAAGACAGCUGAUAAGCUCAAGCAGUACAUUGAGAAGCUAGCUGCUGAUCUUUACAACAUAAAGCAAACUCAGGAUGAGGAGAAAAAGCAGCUCACAGCACUGAGGGAUCUUAUCAAGUCCUCCUUGCAGUUAGAGCAGAAAGAGGACUCGCAGAGCAAGCAGGGAGGCUACAGCAUGCACCAACUGCAGGGCAACAAAGAGUUUGGCAGUGAGAAGAGAGGUUAUCUGCUAAAGAAGAGUGAUGGGCUGCGGAAGGUAUGGCAAAGGAGGAAAUGCUCUGUGAAAGGAGGAAUUCUCACUAUCUCUCAUGCCACGUCGAACAGGCAGCCAGUCAAACUGAACCUACUCACAUGUCAGGUCAAGCCGAGCACUGAAGACCGCAAGUGUUUUGAUCUCAUUUCUCAUAAUCGCACAUAUCACUUUCAGGCUGAAGAUGAACAGGAGUUUGUAAUCUGGAUCUCAGUGUUAACUAACAGUAAAGAAGAGGCGUUGAACAUGGCAUUCCGAGGAGAGCAGACAGCAGGAGAAGAUGGCCUGGAGGAUCUGACUAAAGCCAUCAUUGAUGAUGUCCUGCACAUACCUGGCAAUGAAGUUUGCUGCGACUGUGGUGCUGCAGAUCCAAAAUGGUUGUCGACUAACCUGGGCAUCCUGACGUGUAUUGAGUGUUCAGGCAUUCACAGGGAGAUGGGAGUGCACAUCUCUCGCAUUCAGUCCAUGGAACUGGACAAAUUGGGGACCUCAGAACUCUUGCUGGCCAAGAAUGUUGGGAACAGUAAUUUUAACGAGAUUAUGGAAGGAAACCUUCCCUGUCCCUCUCCAAAGCCUACUCCAUCUAGUGAUAUGACAAUCCGCAAGGAGUUUAUAAACGCCAAAUAUGUGGAUCAUAAAUUUGCAAGGAAGACCUGCAGCUCUGCAGCGGAGAAGCUGAGCGAUCUGUAUGAUGCAGUGAGGUCACGUGACCUGCUGGCUCUCAUCCAAGUAUAUGCUGAAGGGGUGGAGCUUAUGGAGCCACUUCCUGAUGGAGGACAGGAGGGUGGUGAAACAGCGCUGCACUAUGCUGUGAGGACUGCUGACCACACGUCACUGCACCUGGUCGACUUUCUGGUUCAGAACAGUGGAAAUCUGGAUAAACAGACUGAGAGAGGAAACACAGCCCUGCAUUACUGCUGCCUCUACGAAAAACACGAAUGCCUAAAAUUACUCCUGAGAGGCAAACCUGCUACUGACAUCACCAAUCACAAUGGAGAAACAGCACUGGAUGUGGCCAGGCGGAUGAGGAUCGACCAGUCUGCAGAGGCACUGAUGCAAGCUGCAGAGGGGAAGUUUAAUCCAAAGGUUCAUGUGGAGUAUGACUGGAAUCUUAGACUGGAGGAAAUGGAUGAGAGUGAUGAUGAUCUUGACGACAAACCAAGCCCAAUUAAGAAGGACCGGAGACCACAGAGUUUCUGUCACUCAUCCAGUCUGUCUCCUCAUGAUAAGCUCUCCCUCCCGGCUUUCCCUGGCCAGCGUGAUAAAGCACGCCUCUCCUACGGCAUGUUCACCAAUCAGAUGUACAGCGUUUCCACUGACUGUCCUUCCUCUCCUGUCAGUGAUGCACCACCUCUACCACCCAGGAAUGCAGGAAAAGCCCUGCCAUCGUCGUCAUCCUCCCCUCUCUCCCCUGGCUCCCAGAUCCCUGCUAACAGCAGCUCCACACUAUCCAAGAAGAGACCCCCGCCCCCUCCCCCUGGCCACAAACGCACGCUGUCAGACCCCCCCACCCCACUCUCACACUCACCUGUGUGUAAAGGAAGUGACUCCACACCUCCUCCAAUCAAUAAAAUGUCUCCCAUAACAAACCGAUUUGAAGGCAUACUACAACAACAGAGCACAGCGUCGAGUACCACUAAAGCUACGCUUGGCCCAAGGGUCCUUCCCACACUACCUCAGAAGUUUGUCCUGCGUAAGACAGAAACAAUUCACCACCCAUCAGUGGACAAACCCAGCCAGCCACCAGAGCCAGUGUUGUUUCAGAAGUCUCCUCCGGGGUCAGACACACCUCAGAAAGUCCCUUUACCUGAUAAACCCCAGCCAGGGGACCUCCAUCCUAAACCACAGGUCUCAGAACUACCACCUAAACCUGGAGAACUACCCCCAAAACCACAGAUCUUUGACCUGCCCCCCAAACCUCAGCUGGGAGACCUACCACCCAAACCUCAACUCAAAGACCUCCCACCCAAACCACUACUUUCUGAUCUCUCCAACCCCAAACAUGGAGUCCCUGAACCUGCGCACAAGCCCCCUCCUGGAGAGGUGGUUCACAAACCCGAGCCUUACAACAUGCCGGUCACUAAUCAACAAGCUGAACCAUCACCUCAGCUCACCCACACCACCGAAGACACCAACGGGAGCCUGGCAUCUGGCCCAGAAACUCCAAUACCGCUUCCGAGGAAAAUCAGUACAGGUAAGAUUAAACUGCGGCGAGUGAAGACCAUCUACGACUGUCAGGCAGAUAAUGAUGACGAGCUUACAUUUGUAGAGGGUGAGGUCAUUGUGGUAACUGGGGAGGAGGAUCAAGAGUGGUGGAUUGGACAUAUAGAAGGACAGCCGGAGAGAAAAGGUGUUUUCCCCAUGUCCUUUGUCCAUAUCCUGUCUGACUGACGCAUCAAUUACUGACCUGAGGCCCACAGCCUUCCCACCUUGCCCAUCUCCUAUAAAGAGAAACCUGUAAAUAGCUGUUGGAACCUCCACAGGACUUUUAAAGCAAGAAAAUAAGCACCACAAAAAGAUGCAAAAAUUGAAACCUCUUAUUAACUUCCUUCCCAACACAGAGGUGCAGUGUGAAUGAUGAGUAUCUAGCUUCACCAGUGUUUCCAUUCCUGUUCAGCACAGCUGAAACUGCACCCAGCGUUUAGCCACAUCCUUCACUUCAGCUGUUUCUGUAUAUGAUAACUGUACAUAGUGAUGUUGGCUGCACACAAAUAUACACAGGAGUUAGUGUUGUGUGUAAAUAUGCAAACCUGUGUUAGUGUGGCAAGAAAGUAAAAUGUGUAUACUUGUAUUCUGCCUGCCAACUGUCCAUCCCAGGGCCAGUACUGUAUAGACAGUGAAGUGUAAAGUAUUAAUGCACAUUGAUCAUUGUUGGUAUUGUAUCCGAAAUGGCACGCUCGGAGUGAUGGGCUGUAGUGACCAUUGACAGUGUUCAGGCUUGCUUGUUUUUAACCUCCACAUCUCUUAACAUACCACUAUAGCACAUCCAGUGAUGGAAUUAUCAUGGUUUGUGAUUUCAAAUUACUCCCUCAUUUUGCUUGUGUGACAUAAGGAACCUCUAAUAUGUACACACCUAAUGUGGUUAAAUCUUGUGUAUCCUUGUCCUGUGUAUUAGCAACCACAUCUAGUGAGCUAGACUUUUCUGCUUUUCUGAAGGAUCUUUGCCAUCUAUGAUUUUUUUCACAGUCUUACUUUUCACUUUUUUAAAGAUAGAAUCAUUGUGGUCCUUCUGUCCCCUCACCAUUUCACCCUCUAUCAAUGCAUAUUGAAGAUAUUAAUAUGGCUGAUACUUGAAGCAUUCUGUGCACAAGCUCAUUUUUGGUUGACUUCAAAGAAGUGAUGUACUGAAGAAUUAUAAACUGUUUGUGGCAAAGGCCAUACAAGAUAAUAAAGCACCACCAUAGAUAAUUGGGUGGUACCCCCAUCCUCAGCAACUUGCCAACAUGUCAGACUUAAAGCAGGCAGAUGUUAGUGGGACACUCAGGUUAUAGCAAAUGAAACAAACAUAGGCCUAGGGCAAAGCUACUUGCCCCUCACCAAGCUCUAACAAUCAGUGACAAGUUGUCAUGUUAAUGUAAUCAAUUUUAAAAGACUAAAUAAAAUGCCAUUUCAGAUGGAAGGCUUAAA